AUGAGUUUGACAAAUAUAUGGAGCACAGGAAGCUCAGUCUACUCGACUCCUGUAUUUUCACAGAAAAUGACGGUGUGGAUUCUGCUCCUGCUAUCGCUCUACCCGGGCCUCACUAGACAAAAAUCUGAUGAUGACUAUGAAGAUUAUGCUUCUAACAAAACAUGGGUCUUGACUCCAAAAGUUCCGGAGGGUGAUGUCACAGUCAUCUUAAACAACCUCCUGGAAGGAUACGAUAAUAAACUUCGACCUGAUAUAGGAGUGAAACCAACAUUAAUUCACACAGACAUGUAUGUGAAUAGCAUUGGUCCAGUGAACGCUAUCAAUAUGGAAUAUACAAUUGAUAUAUUUUUUGCCCAAACAUGGUAUGACAGACGUCUGAAAUUUAACAGCACCAUUAAAGUCCUCCGACUGAAUAGCAACAUGGUGGGGAAAAUCUGGAUUCCAGACACUUUCUUCAGAAAUUCCAAAAAGGCAGAUGCACACUGGAUAACCACCCCUAAUAGGAUGCUGAGAAUUUGGAAUGAUGGUCGAGUGCUCUACACUUUAAGACUGACAAUUGAUGCUGAGUGCCAGUUACAGUUGCACAAUUUUCCAAUGGAUGAACAUUCCUGCCCCCUGGAAUUCUCCAGUUAUGGCUAUCCACGUGAAGAAAUUGUCUAUCAGUGGAAGCGUAGUUCUGUUGAAGUGGGUGACACAAGGUCUUGGAGACUUUAUCAAUUUUCAUUUGUUGGACUGAGAAAUACCACUGAAGUAGUGAAGACAACCUCUGGGGAUUAUGUGGUCAUGACUGUCUAUUUUGACCUGAGCAGAAGAAUGGGCUACUUCACCAUCCAGACCUACAUCCCCUGCACACUCAUUGUUGUCCUAUCCUGGGUAUCUUUCUGGAUCAAUAAGGAUGCUGUUCCAGCCAGAACUUCUUUAGGAAUCACCACCGUCCUGACAAUGACUACCCUCAGCACCAUUGCCAGGAAGUCUCUCCCCAAGGUCUCCUACGUCACAGCGAUGGAUCUCUUUGUAUCUGUUUGCUUCAUCUUUGUCUUCUCUGCUUUGGUGGAGUAUGGCACUCUGCAUUAUUUUGUCAGCAACCGGAAACCAAGCAAGGACAAAGACAAAAAGAAGAAAAACCCUCUUCUUCGGAUGUUUUCCUUCAAGGCCCCUACCAUUGACAUCCGCCCACGGUCAGCAACCAUUCAAAUGAACAAUGCCACACACCUUCAAGAGAGAGAUGAAGAAUACGGGUAUGAGUGUCUGGAUGGCAAGGACUGUGCCAGUUUUUUCUGCUGUUUUGAAGAUUGCCGAACAGGAGCUUGGAGACACGGGAGGAUACAUAUCCGUAUUGCCAAGAUGGACUCCUAUGCGCGGAUCUUCUUCCCCACUGCUUUCUGCUUGUUCAAUCUGGUUUAUUGGGUCUCCUACCUUUACCUGUGAAGAGGUAGGGGUGUUACUGAUGUGGGUCUUACUCACUAAAUCUCACGAAGAGAUGUCCUUUCUAAGUCUACUUACAUGACCCCCUGGGUAGUUCACUAUACUCUGAAUUUGUUUCUGUGUUGCAACCUGGUGAAUUGUAUUCAUGUCAUACUGUUGGCACCCAACUCUCCUAUGGUAAGUGUAAUCUGAAGUAUAAUGUUUGCCGUGUCUCAAAACCUGCAAGGCAAAGUGAAAUUAGAGCAAGAAAACUGAAUCAAAACAAGUUUUUCUUUCAGCUACAACAAUUGCAAUCAUGAAAGCCAUUAUUAUUUACAAUGGUGGUAUCCUUCCUGAAUUCAAAAUACAACUAGAUGCAAAAGACCCAAAAGUGUACCCUCUGUUCUGGGAUGAAGUUGUGGUAAAUUUGAUCCCCAAAGGAUAUCUCCCUAAUUUGAGAAAAAUCACAACCUGCUUUAAAUAUAGGAACCUAGACUAGAAAUCUAUUAUAUCUCCAUUCCAAGAUAUGAAGGAAAC